AUGAUUACUCCCUUGGACUCAGGUAUUCAAACCAGAUCUAAGGCGAGAAAUAUGCUUACAUUCUCUGCUUUCCUAUUCCAAAAUGAGCCCAAAAACAUCAAAGAAGCCUUAAAGGAUGUUGACUGGAUAGCUGCUAUGCAAGAAGAGCUUCAUCAAUUUGAAAGGAAUAAAGUGUGGCAUCUGGUCCCCAGACCAUCAGAUAGAAUAUUGAUAGGGACCAAAUGGGUCGUUCGCAACAAACUUGAUGAAUUGGGCAACACUACCAGAAAUAAGGCCAGGCUGGUAGUUCAAGGGUACAAUCAAGAAGAAGGAAUAGAUUAG